CUUUCAAAAUGUAAAAUUGUAACCUUGAAUUUAUUCUAAUAUUUUCGUAAAAUUGAUUUAUUUGCAGAAUAAUGAACUCAGCUACACUGCCAUUAUACAGACAUUUCUGUUGUGAUGUUGAAAUCUGUUGUUCUGGUAGUGUUGUUAGAGCCCACAAGAUAAUACUUGCAGCCAACUCUGGAUACUUUCAGGGUCUUUUUUCUUUUAACAAAACGAACAAUGAAGCCAAACAUUUGGACAGGAUAAAUCUUGAGGUUCCAUGGACUAGUUGUAUGAGUAGUGUGGAGAGUAUUAUCAAUAGUUUCUAUGGAACAAGAAUAAUCCUAAACCCAGCCAACAUCCAGUCCUUUAUUCAAGCCGCUGACUUCCUGCUGGUUCCAAGUGUCAUCAAUCUUUGUAAAAAUUUCCUACAGGAUUAUAUAUGCAGAAGUACUGUGGUCAAAACAAUGGAGCUUUCCAGGAUGUACAGUUUGGUUGAAGUUGAAAAAGCCUGCAUGUUUUACAUUCUUAAUAAUUUCAGUGAUGUAUGUGAGGAGGAGGAUUUUACUGAAAUCCCUGGAUCUGUUCUCAUAAACCUUCUUGAGGACACUAGGCUUAGUGCAACCAAUGAGAUCUUUGUUCUCAAUGCUGCGCUCAGGUGGAUUGAAGCAUGUAAAGAUCCUGCUGUCCAAUUUCUUAAAGUUAUCAGCAAGGUAAGAUUCCUGCUAUUGGACGAGACAGAGUAUAUAACUGUGUGUGAUAGAUGUCUGGAGUUUGCCAACAAAUAUAAUAUUAUUCCUGAACUCCAUUUAUUUUUUAGGGAAAUAUCUGAACUGGUGUGGUAUAAAUCAGGAUAUGAAAGUCCUAGGGCUGAGUUUCUUAAUCCAUACUUUUCUAUACCCAGGUUAGGAUAAUUUAUACACUAGGGA